AACAAGAAUGCCACCAAAAACUAGAAAAACAAAAAAAGAAGACGUCGAGGAAGAGGCUGUUGAAGAGAUUUUAGAAGAAACUAAACCUGCAAAAUUACCAGAAUCCGAUGAGAGUUAUUCGAGAAAAGUUGUCAUUUCCAAAGAGGGCAAUUUGCCAAAUAGCCGAAUCAUCAAACUGCGGCACCCGAAGGAAGGACUAGCGCUGUUCAGAAUCUCCGAAACGUGCUUUGAUGAGAUUUUCGCUGUCAACGACGGUCAUCGAUCAUUCUUCUACGGUGAGAGUGUAAUCGAAAACGGAACAAUUCACAUAUUCACUCCAUACAAUCUCGUCUUCAUUUGUCUCCCAUAUCUACAAAAGACCGCAGGAAAAUUUGUGGAAAUUGGCGAAAUAUUGGUAGAUGAUCAAGUUGACGGGAUCAAAGAAUUGGCUGAAAAUGAAAGAAUUCUGAAAGCAUUGGAAGCUGUUUCAGAUGUCAAAGAUGUUCUCGAUGUCAAACUAUAUCGUUUGAACGAUCAAAAAAUGUUGGAUUGGAUGAGAAGGAAGUUUGAUUCUCUCAAAAAACUUCUAGAAAGUGAUGCCCACAAGUCUUUGUUGUCAUGUCCGGAAGCAUUCGAUCGUUAUGUUUUCACAUUCCUGUCUGAAUAUCUUUCUUCUGAUCUUGCAUUGAUUGUUAAAGAUCAUUUGAAUAUUCAAGAUGCUACUGUCUCCGAGAACAUCGAUAUGAGUAUGAAACGAAAAGCUGUGGAUGACGAUGAGCUUGAAGAUAAGAAGCAACCUGUCGCAAAGAAACCAAAAGAAUCAGUACAAUCAAAGAAACUUCAAGCCGCCUCGAAGGGAACCAAAUCAAUCAGCUCAUUUUUUGGAAAAAAAUCUGCUUGAAUCUCUAUUUUCUUUAUUCAACAAUUUCGCAUAUAAUUUCAUAACAUUGACCUCAAUUUAUCUAUGAUUCCGAUGCUAUUACUUUGCUCAAUCUCAAUUUUGCAUUUCACACAUUUUUUAAUUCGUGUACUAAAUAACUGAAACUUUG